AUGGAUACGGGAGACCGCGGCGAAAAACGGAAGGUGGAGGACUUCUCGACGUUGUACAGCCUGGACCACGGCCCGACCGCUGCCGCCACGCCGUCGCACGGGCCCACCACACCCCCGCGCUCGCUGCCCGAACACACAGCUGGCGGUGACGGUGCUUUCAAAAAGGUGAAGAGUGAGGGCGGGAUGUGCACCACGGGGCACUCACCCACGCCCACGCCCACCACAUGCCCGACGCCCGCCCGCAGGAGACACCGGACAACCUUCACACAGGAGCAGCUGGCUGAGUUAGAGGCUGCGUUCUCGAAGAGUCACUACCCCGACAUCUACUGCAGGGAGGAGCUCGCUCGCAAGACCAAACUGAACGAGGCCCGAAUCCAGAAACGUUCAUAUAUUAAUGAUCAAUUGCAAUUUAGAGGGCGGAAAGUCAAGAGCGUUGGAUUCCCAUUCCAAGAACCUGAUCUGAAAUCUGGAAUCCUAUAUUCUGUAUGA